CGGAGGUAACCAAAAGCGGCCAGUGGUGGUUGCCCUGCGGUUCCCCACCCCCUGCACGCAGCAACUGGAAGAGGGCGCAAGCGGCUGGGCUGGCUGUGUUCUGAGCUCUGGCACGGCUGUCUGCUUCUCUUUGAGCGAGCCCCCCUGCGCUGAGUCCGAAGUCGGCGACCAUGGAAGCACAGGCACAAGGUUUGUUGGAGACUGAACCACUGCAAGGCAGAGAUGAGGAUGCAGUAACCAGUGCUGACUUCUCUAGCAUGCUCUCUGAGGAGGAGAAAGAAGAGUUAAAGGCAGAAUUAGUUCAGCUAGAAGACGAAAUUACAACAUUGCGACAAGUUUUAUCAGCGAAAGAAAGGCAUCUGGUUGAGAUAAAACAAAAACUCGGGAUGAACCUGAUGAAUGAAUUAAAACAGAACUUCAGCAAAAGCUGGCAUGACAUGCAGACUACUACUGCCUACAAGAAAACACAUGAAACCCUGAGUCAUGCAGGGCAGAAGGCAACUGCUGCUUUCAGCAAUGUUGGGACAGCCAUCAGCAAGAAGUUUGGAGAUAUGAGGUCUCACUCCAUCGGCUACUCCAUUCGCCAUUCCAUAAGUAUGCCUGCUAUGAGGAAUUCUCCUACUUUCAAAUCAUUUGAGGAGAGGGUUGAGACAACUGUCACAAGCCUUAAGACGAAAGUAGGCGGAACAAACCACGGCGGAGGCAGCUUUGAAGAGGUGCUCAGCUCCACGGCCCACGCCAGUGCGCAGAGCUCAGUGGGAGAAACCCCGCGAGCAGAGGAGGAGCUGCAGUGUUAGAACCACCAGCCCGCAGCCACCUCCAGAGGCUCACCACCGCCCGUGCACACCAGAUAUGAAGACCAAAAUCCCACUGGGAAAACCAGACCUUGACCUUGUUCUUCAAAUGGUCUCUCCACAAAGUUUAAUAAAAUGAUUUCCAUUUC